GAAUGGUCUUAUGAGUCAUCUGCAAAACCAUUUAUUUUCUUCAAAAUUCGCUCCAGCACUAAUAUCAUUCAUCUUAUUGUGAACACUGAACAGGGUAAGAUAAUCAAUAUAGCAUCAGUAGUUGGCCUGGUUGGCAAUUUUGGGCAAGCUAACUAUAGUGCAGCAAAGGCUGGUGUUAUUGGCCUGACAAAAACUGUGGCCAAGGAAUAUGCAAGUAGAAAUAUUAAUGUGAAUGCUGUUGCCCCUGGGUUCAUUGCAUCUGAUAUGACUGCUAAGCUAGGGGAUGACAUCGAGAAAAAGAUUUUGGGGCAAGUCCCACUAGGAAGGUAUGGUCAACCAGAAGAAGUUGCUGGAGUGGUGGAAUUCUUGGCCAUUAAUCCAGCAGCAAAUUAUAUCACUGGCCAGGUUUUAACUAUUGAUGGUGGUAUGGUGAUGUAAGAGGUCUUUGGAAAAGUACAACAAUUUGAUACUUCUGUUUUUCAGCCAAAUGAAGACUAAUUACAGUUUUAGGCAAAUGAACCAAGAAUAUUUUGAAAUAAAUUGAUAUUGGUUUUGAAAUAGCCUUCUUCAACUUUUGUACUGAAAAUGAUUGCUGUUGGAACAGUUCUUUAUGUAGCUGACAUCAGAACUGUCUUUAGUUCAAGUGUCAUUUUAAAACACAACAUUAUAUCUGCCUAAUACUGACAACCAUUUCUUCUCCUUUUCUCUUCCAUGA